GUGUGAAACGCAUUCAUGCAAGUCACGCAGCGCGCACAUGGUCACACACACACGUAGUCCCAUGCAUCACGCACACGUCAGUCCGUCAGUCGGUGUAUGUAUGUCACUGGCGCGGAGGGGAGGGGAGGGGAGCUACUUCUGUCCUGUGUGCUGCCUUUGGCCUCUCUGUCUGUCGACCAAGACAACCACAGCGGAAAUGAGGCAGACCAACAACUGAUCGACAACCAACAACCGUUUUAAGCAAAUGCAGCCGCUAACCCUUCCCUCAGACCUUUCCAACCCACUCACACAUCCCUCUACACUGGCCGGCCGCUAUGCCGCGGAUGCACACCCGAUCCAUGGCUUGGCUACCCUCACAUGCGGCGAUUUCUGCGCUGCUCUCGCAGCCUUGGGGAACGCCGCAGCUUCUUGAGCGGCUGCUCGUCAGCAGGGACUCUGCGGCGCUUGGGGGGCGGCGCAGCGGCCUCCUCAUCCAUGUCCCCAACAGGAGGCUGACCCACCUCUACAGCCGCGGGGACCCCACCCGCACCGUCACCCGCCCCCUGUGCUGCAUCGAUCCCGGCCAUCGGCUCGGGAAGCUGGCCCUCGUGUGCAGGUGGCUGGCCCACCGGUGCCUCUGCCUUGUCUCGGGAGAGACCGCUGGAGGGAGACUUCCCUCGGGCAGCCAGGAAGUGUGGCGCGGUGUGCCGACGGAUGUGCUGGCGAGGCAAGUCCCCCUUGCGACGUUCACUGCGGCCGUGCAAGCCCCCCUGCGCGCCGGGUUGGUCUUGGUCUUGGGGAGAGGGGUUGAGCAUAUCGACGUCCUCCUGCUGGGGAGGCUUUCCGGUGGCACUCGUCGGCUCACCAGUGCCCUCAGCACGGUCCUCCUCUCGGGGCCUCUUGCUGGCCCUCGGGCGGGCGGCGGCUGGACCUGGUGCCUCUGAGAGAGGAAGACACGACAACCGCGGAUGUGCAUUGUGCAUCCUUUUGUCUCCGUUGGUGCCUGCGCGCGUACCGUAUCUGGCCUUGGCACCUGCGAGUGCUGGGUGGUUGAGCGCCUCCCCAGCAGUGAUGCGGCGGCUCGGCUCGAUAGUGAGCAUGCUGGACGACACAAAAAAAAGGAGAUAGAUCUACAAGUCUCCCUGUGCCUCUCUCUCUCUCUGUUUGUGUCAGCAGCGUGUGUUCAUGUUUCUCACCGGUCGAUCAGGUCUACGAGGGGAUGGUUGGGGGCGAUGUCGGUACGCCCAUAGCAUCCCUCCUCCGACGACCGUGUCAGCAGCUGGUGGGUGGCAGAGCGGGACAUCGAGCCAUCCGCAUCCUCACGCACCUCUACGCCAUAACGCUGCACACAGACAUGACGACACCCACAAACACCCCACCAUCUGUGGAUGCACCCUGGUCCAGCGGUCGGUGUGGCAGCCAUACCGUCUGCAGCCGUUUGGUGGCCGGGAGAUGAUCUAUGUGCUCCAGAGAGGGCGCCAUCGCCCGAUUAGACGCUAUCGAGGUGAGCAUGUCGACCUGCAUAGCAGAAGGGCAACAGAAGCGAUGGGCAUACAAUUGAUCAUCACAUUCCCUGCCUCCCAUGAGACUUACGCGUCUGUCGCAGUCGCUGCCGGUGGGCAGGAAGGGCAGGUCGCCCGACACAAACUUAGCCAGCGUGACGCCCGUGGCCCUUCAGUCACACACAGACAGGAAACACAGACACGAAACACCGAUCCAUACAAAGGCGGACAGCGGGAGGGAGGCUGUGCGCGUGUAUUUAUGGUCGAGAGCUCACCAGAUGUCUACUUCAGGCCCGUAUUUGAAGGCGCCCAUCAGCAGCUCCGGCGCACGCAUGCCUAACGCCACCUGACAAGACAAGACAAGCACGACCAAGCAACAACAAUGCGGCUCUCUGCCUCUGUCCGUGUGUAUGUGUAUGUGUAUGUGUGUGUAUGUGCGUAUGAUCUGAUUGCCCACCACGUUGGUGUCCAUGGCCUUCUUAGGGUUGGACUUGUACGCUAUCAUCGCACCUGCACACACACAUACACAUACACAUACACAUACACAAAGAGCGGAUGUGUAGGAGAUACGACGAGAGGCGCUGUGUUGCGGCGUGCCGGCAUACCAUACCUAGGUCGCCAACUUUGAGUGUUUCUCCGUCCUCGCCGACCAGGCAGUUGUCCUGCUUCAUGUCUAGGUGGAUCAGUCUACUCUUGUGGAGGUGGUUGAGGCCCAUGAGGAGGUCAUAGGCGGCGUCACACGCCUCUUCGACCAAAGGCCCUGCCACACACACAUUCGCGCACAGAUCAGAUUAUCCCGCCAUUUCUGUGGCAGUCAAGGUCAACGGUGCUCACCUUUGUACUGGAUGUGCGUAGUGCUCCGCCUUCUCUCCUGCCGCCCCAGGUCAGAGGAGCAGUACUCGAGGGCGAUGUAGGCGCUCUUCUCCCACGCACGAUCCGACUCGUAGGCCGAGAAACGUCCAUACGCCUUGACCACAUUGCGAUGCUCGCCCGCCAUCCUGUAGUUGUCAUACUGCAGCACACAAAGCAAAGCAAGAGAAGAAAGGUCUUGGAUGGAUUGAGAUCAUGGUUUGUGUGUCAGGGUUAUAUUGACGCAGUGAGACACACACGCACCUCAUUUUGUGACAUUUCCUUGAGUUUGCGGUAGGGGAUGUACUUCUCCUGCAUGCCUGGCAACUGAACCUUGUCCUUGAACUGCAACACAUCACACACACCACACACACAGACGCACGUGUGCAUAUGAGAAGAGGAGAUCUGAUCUCCAUUCCAGCACCAUAACGUACCUUUUUGAUGGCCACUCUGGUGUCAGGAGGCAGUGCCAGGCCUAGGUCAUCGAGGUCCCUGCUGUCCUCCUUUCUGAUCCCGCUGUACACCAACGACGUCCUUCCUGCACACACGAGCACAUCCAUCCACAGAUGCAUCCAUCCCGCAAUCAUGUGGGGGCUCGUUGCCAUCGUGCGAUGCGUGUACGUUACCCUGUCCUUCAAAUCGGAGGUCCCGGAAGUUCUGCCGGAGGAACUCAUCCCCAACGUCCGCCCCCAGUGCCAUAUCAGGCCCAUCAGGAGGCUGAGCCAUGCUCUCGGACCUCUACGACGCUCUCUACAGAGAUCCGACGGGCCGUUGACGGCCCCUCACAAGGCGCUCACUCAAAGGGGAAGUGCUCCCUCCUCUGAGUCGAUGGAACGGUCGGUUACGACCACUUGCAGCCGAGGAAAGCGUGGAUAACAACCUUUGCGAGAGCUACCA